AUGGUCAAGCUGUUUUCGAGAAAGAUCGACCAGCUGGCGGAGGGAGCAGGUGUGGGAGGGGGUGCCGACCACGAGGGAGGAGGCGAGAAGACGGGACGCGUCGUGAUUGAGUACAGCGUCGAGGAGGAGGAGGAGAUCGAGGAGGAUACAUCGAGGCAGGCUCAGCACGGGGCGAGCGACCCGGGCGGCGAUGCGAACCAGGACGAGGACUCGAGCUCGGGAACGAGCUCCGGCUCGAGCUCGAGCGAUGAGUCGGCCGAGGACGACGGCGAGGGCGCCGGACAUAGAACGGAGCGUACGGGGGAGCACGGAGUGGCGCUCGGGGAGCGGGUGGACGAGCGAGUAGAGCUUAUCGAGCAGCAGGUGACAGGGGAAACUAAGGCUGUCGAGGAGCAGGAGGGCGGAGCGGCUGCUCAGGAGGGUGGGGUCGGAUGGCAGCGGCAGGUGGUGGGCGAGGCGGCUGCGCAGGAGGGCGGGGCAGGAGGGCAGCAGCAGGAGGGCGUGGCGGCUGCGAGCCUGUUGGAAGGGGCGCGGGCGAAGAUCGACGAGAUGAGCGGGAAGAUCAUCGAGGGGGUGGCAGCCGCCAUCACAAAAGCGAGCGAAGACGCCGUCGAGAAGCAGCUCAAGCAGGUCGAGGAGCGGCUGGUUGCUGCGGUGCUGAAGGGUUUCGAGAAAGCCAUCAUGGAGGACAUGUUCUGCUCCACCCUCCCACCCGAGACCAUGAAGGAGCUGAAGGACAUUGUGAGGGAAGGCUACCAUGAAGCCGAAGCAGGGAGGUUGGAAGUCCUCACCGAAGCGAUGGCGAGAGGUUUUCAGCGCUCGGCGGGCCCGUCGACGAGGUCGCGUCAGGAGGGUGUGGGAGGGGUUCGCAGCGGGGCUGAGCCUCGUGGUCACGAGCGGUCGGUUCCUCCGUCUUCUUCGGUGGGAGGACAUGUCGGCAGCCCGGUUGGAUCCCCACCGGCGCGUGGCCGUCAUCCCGUCGCCAAGCCCGUCAAGGAAGUCAUCGUACUCGACCAGUCGCCUCGCCCGAAGACCUCCGUAGCGGCUCCGAUCGAUCCACCUGAUGCGUUUGCUUCGAUGCGGGACAUGCUGCAAGGCAUGGGGAAAACGGGUGGGAAAGGAGUGGUCGCGGGGGAGAAAAGUGGUGCCCCGAACGAGCACGUCGCCUCGACCGGGAACAGAGCUCUAGGAAUGCGAGGUGCCUCUACCCCGUCAGGCGGCGGUGCGGGGAAAGGAGCGGGAGAAGCAAGAGCUGGGUUGCUGUCGAAGACUAAAGCGGCAUCAGCUGCGCAAGGCGGUGGUGCUGGCCUUGCUGUCAGGCUUGUGGGAAAUUGGGCGUCUUCCUCGACCCCUCCAGUUGCGCCUGUCGCCGCUACUCCGUCCCUAGGCAACGUUUGUCUUAGCGAUCCGGGCUCCCCUUCAACGUCGAAGAAGAAGCCGGCUGCGACGAAGUCGUCGAAGCGCGCUGCACACGCGACAGAGAGCCUUGACGUGGUGGAGCUGGCCAGCGUCCCUGGUCAGGCGCCUGUCGAGAAGACCUCUAUUGACGUUGCUGCUCGACAGGAAAAGGCGAAGAAGGCCAGGGUCACGGGUCACACCCCACCUCCUCGACCGGACGACCAAGGCAAGACGAGAGGCUGCAAACGUCCGUUCAAAGGACCGGGUUUUGGGUUGCGGAAGGGGAAGCCGGUUUCCGAGCAGACCGUCGGCGGGAGGAAGCGGUUCCUUGGCACUUUUGAAACAGAGAAGGACCAGAAGUUCUGUACGGCCGUCUGCUGGCGCGUGUACUUCCCCGACGUUGUCCUUUCGGAGUACGAAGGGUACACGGCGCAGGAUGAAGAGGACUGGAAGGUCUACCUCGAUGCGGCCGCAGAAAUGCCAACCGGCGUUUGGAGCGUGGCGCAAGAACAAGGGGAAUGUCGUUUCGACGAGUAA